UCUCUCUCUCGUUGGUUCUUUCUCUCUCUCUCUCUCUCUCUCUCUCUCUCUCUCUCUCUCUCUCUCUCAUACAAAAUGGCAAGUUUUCCAGUGAUAAACAUGGAGAAGCUCCACGGAGAAGAAAGGGGAGCAACAAUGGCGAUGAUAAACGAUGCAUGCGAAAACUGGGGAUUCUUUGAGCUGGUGAAUCAUGGGAUCGGUCGUGAGAUUAUGGACACUGUCGAAAAGCUGACGAAGGAUCACUACAAGAAAUGCAUGGAACAGAGGUUUAAGGAAAUGGUAGCUAAAACGGGACUCGAAAAUGUCGAGUCCGAAAUAAAAGAUUUGGACUGGGAAACGACUUUCUUCCUGCGCCAUCUCCCUCUCUCUAACAUCUCCGAAUUCCACGAUCUUGAAGAUGAAUACAGGAAAGUAAUGAAGGAAUUCGCAGCCCGGUUGGAGAAACUGGCCGAGGAGCUUCUGGAUUUGUUGUGUGAGAAUCUUGGACUCGAAAAGGGUUAUCUCAAGAAGGCAUUUUACGGCUCUAAAGGCCCGAACUUCGGGACUAAAGUGAGCAACUAUCCACCAUGCCCAAAGCCCGAUCUUAUCAAGGGCUUGCGGGCCCACACGGAUGCCGGUGGCAUAAUCCUUCUAUUCCAGGACGACAAGGUUAGCGGGCUUCAGCUACUUAAAGACGGUGAAUGGGUCGAUGUUCCACCCAUGCGUCACUCCAUUGUCAUCAACCUUGGUGACCAACUUGAGGUGAUAACAAAUGGGAAGUACAAAAGUGUUCUGCAUAGAGUAAUAACACAAACUGAUGGUACAAGAAUGUCAAUUGCAUCAUUCUACAAUCCAGGCAACGACGCCCUAAUCUAUCCUGCGCACGCUUUGAUUGACAACGAAGAGGAUAAAAACCAGUACCCUAAAUUCAUGUUCGAAGACUACAUGAACCUCUACACUCGUCUCAAGUUCGAAGCCAAGGAGCCAAGAUUUGAAGCCUUUAAAACCCCUGCUUAACUGUUAUAGAGAUGCUCUCAAUCUUAUCAUUACAACUGUUAAAGAAAUUACACUGAGCUGUAAUAAUUUCUGUUCAAGCAAAUAAAUUUGUGAAAGGAAAUGACAUAUGAUCAUAGAAAUUCACUAAUAAUGAAUUAAUAAAUCCAUACAAAGUUUCUUAAAU